AUGAUAAGAAGAUUGAAGAAAGACACGGAAUUGAAAAAUCUUUACUCGCAAUUUGUUACAGAAUACAUUGAGCUAGGUCAUUGUAAGAUUCUCCCAGAAACUGAAACCAACAGCGAACUGGUUUAUUAUAUGCCACAUCACUGUGUCCUUAGACCCGGCAGCUCAAGUACAAAGUUGAGAGUUGUGUUCGACGCGUCAGCGAAAAGCUCAUCGGGGAAGUCACUUAACGAUUUACUGAUGAUUGGACCCUCGGUGCAAGAUAGUUUAUUCGACAUAGUUCUGCGGUUCCGUUUUUAUCGUUAUGCAUUUACGGCAGAUGUGCAAAAAAUGUAUCGAAUGAUAUUGGUGGAUGAAAGGGACACUUCCUUUCAAAGAAUUUUGUGGCGUGACGAUAAAACUAAAAAAUUGAAGGAAAUUGAACUGACAACUGUGACAUACGGGACUGCUGCUGCCCCGUUUCUCGCAACACGCGCUCUAAACCAGCUGGCUGAAGACGAGAAUGACAGUUUUCCUGCUGCAAGUAAAGUCGUAAAGAAGAGUGUGUACAUCGACGACGUGCUUUCAGGGGCUGAAAGUUUGAAUGAAGCAAAACAGUUGCAGGUGGAUUUAGUGCAGUUGCUUCGACGAGGAGGUUUUGAAUUGCAUGAAUGGUGUGCAAAUAAUGCUGAACUGUUGAACGAUAUUCCUAUGGAGCGUCAAGAGAAACAGUUAGACUUCAAAAACAACGAAGUAAAUGAAACCAUCAAUAAACUUGGCCUUCUAUGGGACCCGGUAGAAGAUUGCUUUGCUUUUCGAGUGAAUUCUGUAGAGAGUAACUACGAUAAUGUGACGAAAAGACAGGUGAUGUCGGAGAUAGCAAAACUCUUUGAUCCUUUGGGACUUCUUGGUCCUAUAAUAGUUAUCGCUAAAAUUAUAAUGCAAGACCUUUGGCGUGAAGGUUUAGCUUGGGACGAAAAAUUAACUGAUGAUCAACUGAUUAUAUGGAAACGUUUGAGAAAUGAUUUACCAGAGAUUGCAAAGAUGAGAAUCCCGAGACUAGUGAAGUCAGAUGAUCCUCACGAUUAUCGAGCGCUUAGCCCUGGACAUUUCCUUAUAGGACGCGAAUUGAAUGCUGUUGCGGAACCUCUGUACGAGGAUAUAAAGGAAAACUCGCUCGAAACCACGAAAAUUGCAGUGCUUCCAACUGUUGACAAUGAAGAGCAAGAAAUAAAAUAG